AUGGCCUCCAAGCCACUUCCUCGUGGCUACACAGGCACCAUGGAGGCCACCACUCUGGUGCUGUUGGUCCUGCUGGACUGUCUCCUUGUGUCGUCCAGCAGACCGUUCCGUAGCUCUUCAGGCCUGCUCCUGCGUCCCGUCAAUGCGAAUGCCCCCUUCCACCUCUGCCUCUUGGAUGAUUCACAGUUACUUCACGGGAAGGGUGUUCCACAACAACUAUAUGGAAUCGACUGUGGAGUCUUUAUGGUCAUGUACUCCUGGUACAUUACCAUGGACGCGCACUUCGAUUUCAACGUUUUGGAUAUGCCUCAUCUCAGGAGGUGGUGGUGCAAGCUCCUUUUGGACAACUACGGGAUUGAAGGAUGUGGCAAAAGAUUCUGUCAUUUCACCCAAGAAGGACACCAGAUGGUGAAUGGACUCCUGGCACCGGUGUUCCGGGUAACACGGAAGCGGAAGCGGAAGGUUUUGACCAAGGCAGAUGAUGUUUUCCUGAAGGACACAAUUGAGGCAGCAGCAUGGUGCCAGUUGCAGACCUUCACCGACCACGUUUCUCUCCCGAUGGUCAUUGGGGUGGAAGGUGCAGAGCAGCAGGCAUUAUUAGCAGAGCUGAAAUCCGUUGACCGCAGUUGCCCGGAAGAAAGCCUAAACAGGAUUGAACCGUUCCAGUUCUUACGAAAGGACUACGAAAUGUUCUGUGUGGAGAUGUUUGACCGGAGAAAACUGAAAGUGUUUGCUUCUUGGGAAUAG